AUGGCUCUUUAUUUUCUUUAUCCCUCCGUGGCCGCCGUCGCUCUGUUUAUUGUGGGUGUAAUUAUUGUCAUGCUGCGGUACGGGCCCCGUUUGUGCGGAUUGCGCCAUCACGCACUUCCUGACGACGACGAAUUGCGGGGAAAGACGUACGAGCAUGAGAUAAGCUAUGCCUAAUCUUUUUUGGGGUGUCUCAGAAAUACCUUUCAAGCUAAAAUUUUUCCCUUUCAGUAAAUAUUUUCUAACCGAAGGGUAAUUCUUCCCAAAAAUAAUCUUGGAAUUUUGGGACACCCCUGUUUAUAUUUUUUAUACAUAUUUCACGUGCCGGCAAUGUUAUGAAUUGCAUCUUAUAUAUCUCCCCUGAAAACUAAUCAAUCCUAGCUGCUAUAAGACCCCACUAACAUUUCUGCACCCAACAAACAUAUCAAUUUUGCAUGCAGUACAAAUAGCUUCAUUAGCAACUAGUUUUGUUUGAACCGUUUCCAUUCCAUUAAUCACAAUCAGACAAAUGUGCCUUCAAUGUAGAGACUCUUAAGAAAAGUAUACCGUCCAAGUGUCUUAGUUCCCUAAGAUCGAACUGUAUUAAAAAUUAAUCGCUAUUUACCCUUUUUGGGUAGUCUAAAGAUGCUGCAUUUAAUAUUGUUCAAUAUUCUAAUUUUAUAAAACAUGUGUCUUGUAUGUACAACAGUUAAUGCAAACUUUAUAUAUUUGUAUUUGUCCAUUUAGUGUUCUAAUAUUGAAUUCUGAAAUUGCAUUAAAUAAAUCUACGGCCCCGAAAAA